GCUCCGACUUCGAGGACCCUGCCUCACGCCGAGAAAAAUACAUAGUGACCAUUGCCAGAAUUCAACUAUAAACACAGUGCAGCAUGUCUCAAACAAUGAACUCGCUUCUACGAUCAGUGCUACUGACAAAUCAUCGAAAAUUCGUCGCAGAAUGCAAGCGCAUUAUGGAAGAACAACGACGUCAGAAACGACUUCAAGAACUCAUGUCCGGUUCCAGCUCCGACGACAGCAAUUGCAGCAAUGACAGUCUUGAUUUAAGUUUAAGUUCUAGCUCAAGUGACAGCUCCAGUGAUGACAGUUUCAAUUUAAGCUUAAGUAUUAGUUCGAGCGACAGUUCCAGCGUUGAUAGACUUAGCGCAAGCUCAAGUUCUAGCUUAACUGGCAAUCCUAGCGAUAACAGUGUCAAUGCAAGCUUUAGUUCUAGCUCUAGCGACAGUUCUAGCGACGACAGUCUUAAUUCCAGCUCAAGUUCUAGCUCGAGCGACUGUUCUAGCGACGACAAUGUUAAUUCAAAAUCAAGUUCUAGCUCGAGCGACAGUUCUAGCGAUGACAAUCUUGAUUCAAGCUCAAGUUCUAGCUCGAGCGACAGUUCUAGCGAUGAAAAUUCAGACACUGGCGAUAUUUAAUAGUUAUACUUUAGUGAACUUGUAUGCUCUAUUAAGGUACAAUGUAAUUUUAAAAAAAUUAAACCGAUUUAGAUUUAAUUGUUUAUUGAUAUAUUGAUUAAAUUGUACAACGAAUCUCUCAACAUCUUGUAUGUUAAAAUGUAGUUGUUAAAGCAGUUAUAUUAAACGUGCGAUGAAAACUGUCAAUCUAAAUAUAAUCGACAUAGAAUUAAUGUACGGCAUAAUCAACGACAAUAUCAGCUGAUCUGUAAUAGAAUUAUAUAUAAGAUGUAUGUUAAACUGUGUGUGUGUAUGAUAAUACUGUGUAAAUGCGACUGUAUAUUUAAU